AAGAUCCUCAUUCGUCUCCAUGGCUUUCUUAUGCUUUCUUUCAUGGCUUCCUGCCGCGCCAGUUGCAUGAUCUCAAAUGAAGCCGAAGAGAAUCAGGGAGUUGCCACAUCCAGACUGGCUUGGCCCUCUCAAAACAUGGAGGCCCCGCUUCAUCCGAACCAACAAGCCCAAGACCCAACGGCUGCUCAGCUCUUCAUUUAGCUCUUAGGACUCGCACGGCGCCGCUCAGCUGCCCACUGCCGCGCUGCCGGCGGCGCUGCCCGUCAUGCCGCUACUGCUGGCACUCCUGUGUGGCCUGACCUUCCUUGUGGGAGCAGCACCAGACCUCGCGGGCGAAGAGGAGUGGAACAAGUGCAACGGGCCAAAGAAGCCCUUGAUCCUGGACCAUGAUGGCAACUACGAUGAUAUCCUGGUCCUGUUGGCCUUGCUGAAGAGUCAACACGUCGAUCUGCAGGCGGUGCUCAUUACGCCCGCGGAUUGCGAACUAGACCCAGCAGUGGAAGUCACCGGGCGGGUGCUGGCCAUGCUGAACCGGACGGUGCCCGUGGUGCCCGGGCAGUUCCCGGAGAGGUACAACCCAUUUCCCAAAGUUUGGAGAGAGUUGGCCUCUGAGAUGCAGCAGGUGGCGGAUAUCUAUUUGCAGGAGUCUGAGAUCCAUCGCCCAUCAGAAGCUGCGCAUGAAUGGCUGGAAAGCUAUCUGGGCAAUGCUUCAGAGAAGACGGACUUCCUCCUCACGGGCCCGGCGACGAACCUCAACUGGGCGCUGCGCCAAAGGCCUCACCUGGCCUCGAAGGUGGGCCGCGUCUUCUGGAUGGCCGGGGCGGUGGAGGUGGACGGCAACGUCCGCGACAGCGAUGAGCCGGGUAAAGUGCAGUGGAGUGACGGCUCGGCAGAGUGGAACGCCUAUUGGGACCCCUUGGCCACGCGAGAACUUCUGGAGCUAAACUUGGAUUUGUGGUUGGUGCCGCUCGAUGCGACCAAUGCAGUCCCAGUCCACAAAGACUUCAUCCAACGACUGAAUCCCAGACAUCAAGUGCCACGGGUGGCACAGCAGAUCUGGGCACAGUCGAAGUUCCAAAAAAGUAAUGCGAUCUACUACAUGUGGGACACCUUGACUGCGGGCUUAUACCUGAAGCCCUCCCUGGCGACCUGGCGUUCGAUGCACCUCGAGGGCCACACCGAGGGCCGCCGCCAGGGGCGCAUCGCCCGGGCGCACCGCGGCGCGGCACGGGGCACAGUGCGGGUGGCCAGCGAGACGGAUGUGCCGGCGUUCACGGAGUUCCUGCUGAGUAUCUUCAAUGAGGCGAAACCUGGUGAACUUUGAGUAACUUCUUCGACUUCUCAUGGCGGAGUCAAACCGGGGCGAAGACCUCCCUGAGGAGGGGAUUUCCCGGUCCUCUCAGUCCUUUUCAAGAAAGUGCGAAGUGGAACUCAAGGCCUC